GGUCAAGACCAAUUCGUGCAUGUUUGUCAGGAGCGAAAUUCAGUGAACCAAUUUGCUUGGAGAGGAGGAAUACUUUAAAACGGGGACUUUUCUGCGUUUUACCUAGGUUUUUCCAAGACCACCGUGUUUAGGGGAAAAACGGAGAGGUCAGAACUCAGAUUUCAGCGAGUCGGGUUUCGGCCUAGAGAACGGAGGAGCCAACGAAGAGAAGAAACAGAGCGAAGGCCAAAGCCGUAGGUUGUGAACUCUGAGCAGUGGUGAUGGCUCGGCAGGCCACUAAGUUGAUGAGCUCGAUCGCAUCGAAGUUCUUCUCCUCACCGUCCUUCGCCGCGUCGACUCAGUCGCGCCAUUUCGCGGCUGCGGCGGCAGCUCCACCGGCUGUAUUCGUGGACAAGAACACCCGCGUCAUCUGCCAAGGCAUCACCGGCAAGAAUGGUACCUUCCACUCCGAACAAGCCAUAGAAUACGGCACCAAAAUGGUGGGUGGUGUGACACCGAAGAGAGGAGGAACAGAACACUUGGGCCUUCCUGUUUUUAACACAGUUGCAGAAGCGAAGUCUGAAACAAAAGCUAAUGCUUCAGUAGUUUACGUACCCCCAACUUUUGCUGCAGCAGCUAUUAUGGAGGCAAUGGAAGCUGAGUUGGAUCUUGUUGUGUGCAUCACAGAGGGAAUCCCUCAGCAUGAUAUGGUACGAGUGAAGGCUGCUCUUAACAAGCAAUCCAAAACCCGGCUGAUUGGGCCAAACUGCCCUGGUAUUAUCAAGCCAGGAGAAUGUAAAAUUGGAAUUAUGCCUGGAUACAUCCACAAGCCAGGCCGCAUAGGAAUUGUUUCCCGAUCUGGUACCUUGACAUAUGAAGCAGUUUUCCAAACCACAGCUGUUGGCCUUGGACAAUCCACUUGUGUCGGUAUAGGUGGGGAUCCUUUUAAUGGGACAAAUUUUGUUGAUUGCAUGGAGAAGUUCUUAGCAGAUCCUCAGACAGAAGGUAUCGUUCUAAUAGGAGAGAUAGGUGGGACUGCAGAGGAGGAUGCUGCUGCAUUAAUAAAGGAAAGCAAGACUGAGAAGCCCAUUGUUGCAUUUAUUGCUGGACUAACUGCUCCCCCUGGGCGUCGUAUGGGUCAUGCUGGAGCUAUUGUGUCGGGUGGUAAGGGCACGGCCCAAGACAAAAUCAAGACCCUCAGAGCAGCUGGGGUUACAGUUGUAGAGUCUCCUGCAAAAAUUGGCGCUGCCAUGUAUGAUGUCUUCAAGCAAAGGGGCCUCGUGGACUAGUUUUGGACUCUUUUCUUUUUUCACUGCCUUCUAUUGUUCAUUCCUGAAACUUUGGAAUGUCCAUCUCCAUUUUUUUCCCUAUAUUUUUUUUUAUGUAAUUUCCGUACCCUCUCUCAAGAGUUCAUAGGUUUUCCAUCCUUUUUUGCCAUCUAAAAUGCAUGCCAUUGGAGAUUAAGGUGAGGUGGUUAGUUUAAUUUAACGCUGUUGAGGUGGAUGGAUGGUAAACGCUGAGGGGUUUAUUAUAAAUGCACCGUGUUUUUGGUGUUUGACAUCCCUCCUUAUGCGUCUCUUUGCGCCUUUCAAUAAAUUAGAGAGUAUUAUUAUGUA